ACAGAAAGCAAAGCGCUUCGUUUCAUCACCGCUCUCCAAAACCACGACUGCAGCACAAUUUGUGGCAGCGCAAAACGGAUCAGACCCGGAGACAGCCCUGCCCCCUCUGCUAGGAUCCCAGCACCGCCUUCCAGCAGGAAAGGAGUCAAGGAGAGGAAAGGAGGAGAAUCAGAAGGAAAGAAGCCGGGAGGAGUUAAACCGAGUGGCCGGAGCCCGUUUUAGCCCGCAUCCAGCUCCAUCCCUGCGCUGGUCCCCCACUGUGCAGACCUGAAGGUAUGCACAGCACAAAGGAAGCUGCAGCCGUCCCCUUCCCUGACGUCACCCUGCACUGUGACACCGUGGCUCACUGGGUGCAGCCGGAAAGGGCCCUGAUUUUAGUGUCACCGUCACACAGAUUGCUGCACCCUGCGCUGCAAAAAACCUCACGCUGAGACCCCAGGAUGAGUGCACCCGAUGAGGAGCCGGCCAACCCAGCCCACGCACUAUUUGAGCACUUCAUACGCGCCAGGCAGUGCCAGGAGGUACUGAGCUGCUUUGCGGAGCUGUGCCAUCAGCUGGGGCUGCGGGGCAAUGGGCUGCAGCUGUACCACAGCCUCAAGGCUGCCCUCAACUUUUGGAGUGCCAAGGCUCUGUGGAUCAAGCUGGAUAAGAAAGCAGGACACAAGGACUAUGACCAGGGCACUGCCUGCGCCAGCACCAAGUGUCUGGUGGUGGGUGCUGGUCCCUGUGGGCUGCGCACUGCCAUCGAGCUGGCACUGCUGGGCGCCCGUGUCGUGGUGCUGGAGAAGCGUGACUCCUUCUCCCGUAACAAUGUGCUGCACCUCUGGCCCUUCACCAUCCAUGAUCUGCGGGCACUGGGUGCCAAGAAGUUCUACGGGCGCUUCUGCACUGGCACACUGGACCACAUCAGUAUCCGGCAGCUGCAGCUCAUCCUGCUGAAGGUGGCCCUAUUGCUGGGUGUGGAGGUACAUACCAAGGUUCAGUUUAAAGGCCUUCAUCCCCCCACAGGCAAAGCAGCUGGACAGGGCGGCUGGCGGGCUGUGCUGCAGCCCAGCUCCUCUCCCCUCAGCCACUAUGAGUUUGAUGUCCUCAUCUCGGCUGGGGGAGGCAAGUUUGUCCCUGAAGAUUUCAAGCGGAAGGAGAUGAGAGGCAAGCUGGCCAUUGGCAUCACCACCAACUUCAUCAACCGCCACAGCCGGGCGGAGGUGGAGGUGGCUGAGAUCAGCGGCGUGGCCCGGAUCUACAACCAGAAGUUCUUCCAAAACCUCUACAACAAAACAGGGAUUGAUCUGGAGAACAUCGUCUACUACAAGGAUGAUACGCACUACUUUGUCAUGACAGCCAAGAAGCAGAGCUUGCUGAAGAAGGGUGUCAUCCUGGAGGACAAAGCGGACAUUGAGAGCCUCCUGUCCCCAGACAACGUGAACCGGGAUGCACUGCUCAGCUACGCCAAGGAGGCCGCCAACUUCUCCACCAACUACUGCUUGCCUGAGCUGGAGUUUGCCCUCAACCAUCGCAACCAGCCAGAUGUCGACAUGUUUGACUUCACCUGCAUGACACGCUCUGAGAAUGCAGCACUGGUGCGGGAGCACAAUGGGGCACGUCUACUGCUGGGGCUGGUGGGCGACUGCCUGGUGGAGCCCUUCUGGCCUCUGGGCACCGGUGUGGCUCGGGGCUUCCUGGCUGCCUUCGAUGCGGCGUGGAUGGUGCGGCGCUGGGCAGCUGGGACCCCUCCUCUAGAGGUGUUGGCAGAGAGGGAGAGCAUCUACCAGCAUCUGUCACAGACUUCUCCAGACAACACCAACAAGAACAUCACACAGUACAGCAUCGACCCCACCACACGCUACCCCAACCUCAACCUGCAGGCUAUCAGACCCAGCCAGGUCCGAGACUUCUACCUCGUGGGCAAGGUGGAAGUGGAUCACGAGAAAAAGACCGACAACAGGCUCAGCACCGCUGUCUGCGGAGACACCUACAAGGAGCUGCUGCGCUGGUGCCAGGAUAGCACGGUUGGCUAUCACGGGGUGGAGGUGACUGACUUUACGUCCUCCUGGACCAGUGGUUUGGCUCUCUGUGCCCUCAUCCAUCGAUUCCGUCCCCAUUUGGUGGAUUUCGAUGCCAUGGACCCACAGGACCCCAUACGCACCCACCAGCUGAUGCUGGACGUGGCAGAGCAGGAGCUGGGCAUCCAACCCAUCCUCUCCAGUGCUGAGAUGGCCUCAAUGGCUGAGCCCAACCGCCUGGGGCUCAUCACCUACCUCAGCCAGUUCUAUGAAGCAUUCAAGCCUCCUCCUCCAGCAUCAGUGGAGCUCAGCAAGAAGCCGCUGUCCCCUUGUGGCACCAAAGGGGCCAUCCUCUUUCUCAGCAAGCUGCAGAAGAGCCUCAUCCUCACUCACAAGCGCACUCAGGCCAGUGUGCAGAAGGAUGCUGAGGGCAAGAAGAGCAAUAGGGACAGCACGGAGACUGAUGAAGUGCCAUCUGGAGAUACUAUGGAUGAUGACCACGAUGCAAAACCUGCUGCCACCAUGGACCCCGCACAGACAUCAGUUCGCCCAGAGAGCAGUGAUGCCUGCUACUUCUGUGCACGCCGCAUCUACAUUUUGGAACGGGCCAGUGCUGAGGGACUCUUCUUCCACCGCAGCUGCUUCCAGUGCUGGCGCUGUGGGGCCACACUGCGCCUAGGAGACUACGCCUUUGACGAGGAGGACGGUCACUUCUAUUGCUCACUUCACUUCCCCGACACCCUUAGCAUGGAGUUGCCCCCAAGUGAGCCCCCAGUGCUGCUCCCGAACAAACUCUCCAUGCUGCCUGAUGGGGAUGCUGUCACUGACGAUGUGCUCUUGGAUGCUGGGAGACCCUGUGCAUCCCCCGAGCAGGAGGAGCCUGGAACCCCACCCACUUCACCACAGCCACCCAGGGAGCCCAAGAUAGAGAAGGGUGUGGGCACUGGUGAAGUGGAGGAUGCUGCGGGCACUGGUGAGAUGCUGGAGUGGGAGCUGCCGGCUUUGGGGCUGGAGGAUGCACUGAAGGAGGAUGAGAAGAAUGAAAGUCCCAGCACAGAGCCUCAGAAGGCAGUGGAGGAUGCUGAAGAGAGUGGUGGCAGGAGGAAGAUCAUCCUCUCAGACCUGGAGAAGUUCCAUCUCUCCUCACUGAACCUCAUAGGUGACACAGAGGCUGAGCCUCCCCCCAAGCCAGCACGGCUGCGGCUGCAGGCACCGCUCGAGGCCAUGCUGGGUGUGCGGGCACAGGUGGCCUGGGAGGAGGAGGAGAAGGAGGAAGAAGCAGCAGCCAUGGAGGAAGAUCUGGAAGAGACUGACAGUGAGGAAGAGGAGGAGGAGGAAGGCUCGGACCCGGGCAUCACAGGAGAGUCAAACCUGAUUCUGGGGGGCUCGGAGAAGUACCCCACCUGGAAACGCACGCUGAACCGCCAUGCACGGGAGGCACAGAUGAAGCGGUUCUGCAAAGCCCAGGCCAUCCAGCGGCGGCUGGAGGAGAUAGAGGUGACAUUCCGAGAGCUGGAGCAACAGGGUAUCAAGCUGGAGAAGUUCCUUCGGGAGGACAGUGACAGCCCAGCUGACCAGAAGACGCAGUGGAUGAACCAGUUGCUUUACCUGGUGCAGAAGAAGAACAGCCUGAUGGUGGAGGAGUCAGACCUCAUGAUCACAGUGCAGGAGCUGAAGCUGGAGGAGCAGCAGUGGCAGCUGGACCAGGAGCUGCGUUGGUACAUAGAGACAGAAGAAGCCCUGAAGACCCCUGAGGACCGUGCAGCUGAGCAACAGAUCCUGGCUCAGCUGCUGAAGGUGGUGGACAAGCGCAACGCACUCAUCCACAUGCAGGAGGAGAAGCGGCUCAGUGAGCUGCAUCCCUGAAGGAUCCUAGUAGGAGGGGAGGGGCUUCUAGCAGUGCCCCCCCCAGGCUGAGCAUGACCCCAAGCUGCUUUGCAGGCAGCUGCCAUGGCAAAGCUGGGUCCCCGCUUGCUAUGGAGGGGGUGACAGCAAGGAGCACCCCUGUUCUGCGGCACAGAGAAGUGCCCCCCAUGCCUGGCUGAAUUUUGCCUUGGCCUUGUGCUUGCUUGAAAAUGAGAUUUGCAGGGCACAUGAAAUACAUGGGCUGCUUGGCUCUGCCCAGGAUUUGGCAGAGGAGGAAAAAGCCCAACAGGGGAACUGGAGUCUCUCUCACUGCAAGAGAUCCCACAACUGUGACCCCUUUGAGGAGGAUGCUGCCACAAGGCAAAACUGGCAGCAUCGAAAGCUUUUGGUCCUGCAGAACCCCUUGUGCUCAAGAUGCUCCACUGCCUUCCUUCGGACAGUGCCUCGGGCCCAGUGUGUGACAGCUCCAUGCCCACCAGACCCCAAAGGCUUUGCUCCUGGCAGUGAGAACAUGGCCAUGGCCACCAUGGGCAGGUGGCAGCUUGAUGCCAGAUGUGGUGGGGCAGCAGCAGGAGCAGCACCUGGAAGCUACUCUGGGACAUCCAUCCCAACCAAGAACAUCCAUCCCAGAUGGGAACAUUCAUCCCAGCUGGGGACACCCACCCUAAUCAAGGACAUCCAUCCCAGAUGGGAACAUCCACCCCAACCCCUGACAUCUGGCUCUACAAAUGAGGCCACCAGUGGCCAGACCAGACUGAGCCUGUACCUCUGCAUCACCACUUUUGGGUGCCACCUCCAUAUUGUCCCCAUCCACCACAGGAUACAAGGGUCAAAAACUCCUGUGCAAUGUAAUGUGGGAUGAGGAUGUUUCCCCAGCUGCUCUCCUAGUGGAUUUUGCCCAGAUCUGGCACUAUCUGUGACACUGAGGACAAAGAGUGCUGAUGGCCAUGUCCUCCUUGGCCCUUUGGGGUUUCUCCAAUUCCAGUGCCUUUGCAUGGACCUUUAAACAGUUCCCAGUUGCUGCAGAGCUGAUCUCCACAGUGAUGAGAUCAGCUUACAGUAUGGGAGUCCUGGGUGUGGGAUGCUCUACACCUUCCACUCUGCUGCAACCCUCUGCCUUGGAAUAAAACCUCCUCAACACAUCA